UUGUCAUUAUUAAGUGAAUAUUUUGAAAACUAUUUUCCUGAAAAUCUAGAGCAAUAUGACUGGGUUAGAAAUAUUUUUCAGUCGACCUCAUCAUCAACAAUUUCGAGAAAAGAAGAAGAACAGUUAAUAGAAUUGUCUUGUGACUCCAGCCUUAAGCUCCAAUACGACAAAGACAAACUGCUUGAAUUUUGGAACUCAGUUUCUCACAAAUAUCGUGCCAUCAGCUAUGCAGCAUUGAGGGUUCUAUUACCAUUUGCGACAUCGUACUUGUGUGAAACAGGCUUUUCUGCAGUUGCAGUAAUAAAGAACAAGUACAGAUCGAAAAUAAAUGCUGAGAAAGAGAUGGGAGUGGCAAUUUCCAAACUUGAGCCACGUUUUGAGAAGCUAUGCUCAGAAAAGCAAGCACAUCCUUUUCAUUAG